UUAAAAUAAGGAAAUAAAAAAUAUAUCCCCCAUUAUAUUAUCUUACUGUAAUAUUACUUAAGUUUUAAUUUGACAUGUGUAUGCCAGCAGUGGCCAUUUGAAAUGGAAGCAAAGUCUCUCAGAACAAUACAUUUAAAUUAAGCAUUAAUUUGGCAUCAUACAUUUAAAUUAAAUUUAAUUUGGGUAACCAAGCAGUCUGUAACAACAUCUAGUACGGAUAAAAGUUUUUAAUUAUUUGACUGCUUUGGAGAGGAGCAUUUGUCUUUAUCCUAUGAAGGAUCUUCUGUUUUCUGUCUUUUGCUGUUUUUUUCUCAGUGAAAUAUUUUCUAUGUUUUCUUGAAGUGACACAUUGAUUUUUCAAUGUUAUGUGUCAAUACAUUGGCUUAGUAUUUGCCUCUUAAUUUAUAUGUUAAUAUUCACUUUAAAAUUCACUUUAAAAUACUUAGAUGUUCUGACAUGUUGUUCUAGAGAUCUUGGAAAGCUAUUAGGAGAUAAUAAGAGUGCUAAUAAAUCAAAGUUAAGUUAGCAUUGUCCUACCGGCAGAGUAUAACUCUUGCUCAGUAAUAUAUUAUUAAAGCUUAGCACAAGUACUAAUUGGUACAGCUCUAGUAGAAUGGGUAUAGCUUGGAAAUAAUACUUAUGUGGCUGCAAUUCAUGCACUACAGAUAGAGUUGAAGUUUUUUAUUAUGUCAGUUCAGAUUUCUGAUUUGAGCCUCAUUAGCUGCAGUUUUUAUACUGGGAAGAAAGAAUAUAAAAGUGUUUGUUUAGCAAAGUUAUUUGGAAGGUACUGUAAAUGACUAUUAAUGUUUUCUGUCUUUAAAUGUAAACUAAACCAUUCCAUAAUGUAUUUCUUCAUGUGGAUGCUGUUGCAGUACUGAGGGAGUUGAAACCACUCAACUUUGUACAUGUCUUGCAGUUAGACUUUUAGCCUAACUUCUGCAGUAUUAUUAUUAGCAAUCUAGUUAAAAAAGAGAAGAGAAAGGGAAAGAAAGUUCUUUUAAGAUUGAAGUUGCAGGAACAAAGUUAUGUAAGAUCAGUUUGAAACCAUCUCUUUAAAAUCUUUUGAGGAAGUAUCUUCUGUAUGGCUAUGAAAUGUAAAGAUAUCAACUUUUCCUUCCAUGCUCCCACUUCUGUCUUGCAGUUUCAAAGUUUUGUUGCUGUUUGCUGUAUUGAUUUUACAUGCUGUCUCUUGUAAGUAUAACAAAAAUUUCACUCCUGGAGACAGCUUGCGAAACAAAGUUUGCAUACUUGGGAAAUUGACUCAGAAGGAGCUUGGUUGAUAGCGUGCCUGUAAGAGGAGGUUUGUUUUACGAUUAAGGGUGUGUCUAUUUGCUAUGUUUGUAAAUUAAUACCUAGAAAAUGUUAAAGCAACUCUUCAGCAGCUGAGUUAUGUGAAAAGUUGCUGUAACUUUGAUUUGCUUUUCCUGCUCAGGUCAUCACCACCGUUUGGCUGAAAAGAACUAUGAUAAAAAGAUCAUGGGGGGUUUUGUUUGUUUGAAACUUUGUGGUAAAAUGAGUAUCUUCCUACUUAUUGCUGUAAUUAGAGUGGAAAAAUUCCUGUGCUGCUUGGGCUCCCCAUUGGGAGAUCCCCAUUCAGAAUUCCCAGGCAGCAUGUGGUUGGUGCAGGUCUGGCACUGGGAAUGCUGCCUGCUCCUGUGUAAGAGAGCCAGUUUGAAUGUCUGCUCUGCAGCUGGCUGCCUGGGCGGCGGCUCUUCAUCAUUUCUUCUUUCUGCCUUCAGGAGCUGUUUGCUUGAGUUACGUGCUGUUGGGUAAGAAGACUGAAUUUUGUUCUAAAUCAGGGUAUUUCCCGUUGGAUUGCGUGCAGUUAUGUGACCAGAUGACCUGUUCCACAGUCAGCUGGGUAGCAGAACAAUGGACAAGAGAGGAUGGCAGGGAGGAGUGGGUGGCUCUGAAGGCUGGUGCAGCUCAGCUCAGAAGGGACAUGAACUUGAUCGACAUCCUUUGGAGGCAAGAUAUAGACCUUGGGGCAAGACGUGAAGUUUUUGAUUCUAGUCAGCGACAGAAGGAGUAUGAACUUGAGAAACAGAAGAAACUUGAAAAGGAAAGACAAGAGCGGCUCCAAAGAGAGCAGGAGGAAGCCUUGCUGGCUCAGCUGGAAUUAGACGAAGAGACAGGUGAAUUUGUUCCUGUGCAGCCAGCUCAGGGCGUUCAGUCAGAAAAUACUGAGCCACCUGUUGUUUUCUCACAGACCACAGAGCCUUCAAAACCAGAAGCAGAGGCCUUGUCCUUUGAUGACUGCAUGCAGCUCUUGGCAGAAGCAUUCCCAUUUAUAGAUGAGCAUGAGGCUUCUUCAGCUGCAUUUCAGUCACUGGUUCCUGCUCAGGUCAAUAGCAACCCAGCCUUUGUUUCCUCUGAUCAAACUCAGCCACCUGAAUCCCCUGAUCUAGUACAACCCACUGAUGCAGAGAACAUGCAGAACAUAGACCAAGUUUGGGAAGAAUUAUUGUCCCUUGCAGAGCUACAGGGCCUGAACAUUGAAAACGAUAACGUGGCUGAGAUGAGCACAAUCACGAGCCCUGAAACCAAGCCAGCAGAGAUGCACGAUAGCUACAAUUACUGCAGCUCAUUACCCAUGCUGAAAAAAGACAUUAAUUGCAGUCCAGAUUUCCUGGAUGGUAUGGAGGGUCCCUUCUCUGGCAUUCUGCCACCAGAAGACACCAGCCAGCUGAGUGUGAACUCUUUAAAUGACACAUCCCCUUCAAACUCGGAUUUCUGUGAGGAUUUUUACACCACAUUUAUUGAUACAAAGGUGAACGGUGAUGCAGCAGCAACGAACACAAUCAGUCAAUCCCUGGCAGAGAUUCUAAGUGAACCUAUUGAUCUUUCUGACUUUGCACUGUGUAAAGCUUUUAAUGGCUCAGGGACCAGAGCAGAAUGUACCGAUUCUGACUCUGGUAUUUCACUGAAUGCAAGUUCCAGCGUAGCAUCACCGGAACACUCUGUGGAAUCGUCUGCCUAUGCAGAUAAGACUUUGGGUUGCAGCGAUUCUGAAAUGGAAGACACGGAUAGUGCACCUGGAAGUUUGCUGCAGAGCAGUGCUGGUGGGUACUCUUUGCACCUCCAGGAUCAAGCGUUUUCUUCCUUAGGGCUGAGCACUCAAACACCAAGUUUGCCGUGUACAGCCACACCCAAGAAAGAACCCCCUCCUGCUCCCGGCCAACCCAAAGCUCCCUUCACAAAAGACAAACCUCCAGGCCGCCUUGAAGCUCAUCUCACAAGAGAUGAGCAAAGAGCAAGAGCUCUGCAGAUCCCUUUUCCUGUUGAAAAAAUCAUCAAUCUCCCUGUUGCAGACUUCAGUGAAAUGAUGUCUAAGGAGCAUUUCAAUGAAGCCCAGCUUACACUUAUUCGAGAUAUACGCAGGAGAGGCAAGAACAAAGUGGCUGCUCAAAAUUGCCGUAAAAGAAAACUGGAAAAUAUAGUAGAACUGGAGCAUGAUUUGAGUAACCUAAAAGAUGAGAAAGAGAAAUUGCUUAAGGAAAAAGGAGAGCAUGACAGGAGCCUUCAUCAAAUGAAAAAGCAAUUCACCAGCCUGUACCUCGAGGUCUUCAGCAUGCUACGUGAUGAAGAUGGAAAGCCUUAUUCUCCUAGUGAAUAUUCACUGCAGCAAACUAAAGAUGGCAAUGUCUUUCUUGUUCCUAAGAGCAGGAAGUCAGGGACUAAACUUUGAAAGGCAGUACAGCUGGCUCCUGUUCUCUGAGUUACUAUUUUUGUAUCAUUAUCAUUAUAGUUUUUACUGUGAGGUGGAAUGCAGAAUUAAGUAAUAUUUGUCAAGUAAGUCUAUGCAAUGAUAAUUUUCAAGUUGUUAAUUAGUUUAUGGAAGAUGCAAGUUGAAAAUUAAUCACUUAAUGCAGAUGGACAUAUACGAAAAUUUUAAUCUGACUUUGUAACAGACAUUUAUUUCUUAUAGCACCACUUUGACUAGUUUCCACAUCUAUGUAAAUAUUUAAAUAUGCCAUAUUUAUAUACUGUUCCUAUCUAUUGUUAUAUUCAUAGAUUUAUUGGAUAUAUAUAAAUAAAAAUGAUUUUAGCCUUCUAAAUAUAAUUUCUUGAAAGACAACCAGGAUGGCUUCUGAUAGUUUUUAUAAAUAUGCAAGUGUUCCCCACUUUUCUUACACGUUUAUACUUGCUUUAUAUUUAAUAUAUUAAUGUAGUAUAAAAGUUGACAGUGUUUGAUUUUACUUUAUCUGCUCAUUAAACUUUUUAAACUCUACUUCAUAGACAUUUAUUUCCUUAAAGAAGAGAAAUCCUUGCUAAUUUUCCAAGGCUAAGUCUUCCUGCAGCAUAAUACUAAACCACACAGCGCUGUCAGCAUUACUAACGCUUCAUUCAGCUUCAUUUUAAUAACCUUUGGAAAGACUACGUAACACAACGCUUCAAGUCUAUACUAAACUCACAUUUUUGUUUUCCUCCUUGCACUAUGUCAAUUUAUGAGAUCUUUUCUCCAAAGGCAUUUAAAAUCUGAUAAAGCAUUGUCAGCAUUAUGCCUUUUUACAGCUAAAAUUUCUGUAGGCUUUUGAGCAAUUCUCCUAGAAAUACACUACUGUGCCUCCAACUUCAACCACCAAGCAUCCCAUGUUCCUGCUGUUACAUUGGUGCUUAUGGAAAACUGCACACUAGCAGCCAGCCACCUACCCUAUUUGGAAUCUCUGCUCAGUAAAGUGAAAAGGUUUGUGGAGUUUAAAUUAUGAUUUCUAAAAGAAUAAAAAUGGGCAAAUAAAUAGCAUUGUUUUGUUUACGACUCAAAGGAACUCAUUGCACUUGAUCAUUUUGGAUUGUUUCAAUAUAGAAAAUGCAUAAUUUGUAAGACUUGUUGAUCUGAACAUUAAAAACCAUCUUCAUCCCUGUGAAAGUUCUAAAACA